CUGUUCAAGGACGCGCGCACCUACGUCGUUCUAUUAGUCCCGUUAUCCUACAGUCUCUAUUUCAUACUUUUCACUCAGCCUCUGUUGUUCAAUUCGGAUCACACAGCAUGGUUCUUCAGCACGUUUGCUGAUAAACAUGGCAUUGACGAGUUCUUCAAUUACCCGCACACCAUCAACAAUCUGCUUAUCGUUGUACUGACAUGUUUACUUUAUGUGCAAUACUCAAGAGUACUUUUACGCACUUCGAAAGGGCUCGCGUUCUUCAUCCAAUCUUCCUCAAUAUGUAUGGCAAAUUUGAUUGCGGCACUCAUCUAUGUCUACAUGCAGUUUCUCCCCACGCCGUCAUAUUUCGUUUUGAUUUGGUCACAUUUGCUGGCAGCUUGGACAUGGUAA